AUGGAGAAGCUGGCAUCGGGAGCCUGCUUUCAGAAGGGCGUGAAUGGAAAAGGCCGGGAGCAGUUGAAGUCAUAUCCAAAGAAGCUCGACUACGAGGAAGGCAGUUUUAUCCUCCUGCACUUCCAGCUGCCUCUGUCAGGUCUAGGAGCUGGAUCUGGCCUUAGUCUGAGGCCAGGUCCCAGAGAUGAGAGAGCUGACAGCUUCUGGCCUCCGCGGCUCUCUCAGCGGGCGCGCCCGAUCUUCUGCGCCCCGCCUGCCCCAGGAGCAAAGAUGAUGAUUCCGUCAGGAGAGUGCACGUAUGCCGGUAGGAAGAGGAGGAAACCCAUUCAGAAGCGGAGGCUUACCAUGGGAACCGAGAAAUCAAAUCCUUCCAAACGGCACCGGGACCGCCUCAAUACAGAGCUGGACCACCUGGCCAGCCUGCUGCCAUUUUCACCCGACAUCAUCUCCAAGCUGGACAAGCUUUCAGUCCUUCGCCUCAGCGUGAGUUACCUCAGGGUGAAGAGCUUCUUCCAAGCCUUGCAGGAGACAUGUGUAUGGUCAGCUCCAGCUCUGUCACCUGAAGACCACUCAUCCAGAGGCUUCCCUGUGCAGGAAGGGCGGCUGCUGCUGGAGUUUCACCCACUGGUGGAAGAACCUAAAUAUUAA